AUGAACGCGACGGGCGCAGUCUCCGUGGGCGCGGGGCCAUCGCUCAGUCCUCAGUCUUUAGACGUGCUCCUUCGCUGGGUGUCGUGCGCGAUCUCGUCGUCCCGGAAGUCCAGCUCUUCCACCGUACAAUACGUGUCACCCGUGCCCGCCGCCAUUUUGUGGCCGUUCGCCGCGUCGCGCUUCGCUCCCCCUCCCCCCUCGCUCUCCUCGGCACCCGCCGCUGGUCGGUGUAGGCGCGCGAUGGUGAGCAAGGAGCCGCCGGCGGGCGACGUGGCGAAGAGCGGCCGACGGAGGCGGCGCAGGGCCGGCAGCCGCGCGUCCAGGAGGCGCGCGCGCAAGGUGGCCGCGGCCACGGCGGUGACGGCGACGGCGGCGACGGCGGCAGCCCUGGCGGCGGGCCCCGACAAGGGGGGCCCCUCGCCGGCCAAGUGCGCCGUGCACGCGUUCGUGCUGCGCUACCAGAGCGCCCUGCGCAAGGUGCCCGCCCACCUGCCGCCCAGGGUGCACGCGGGCCCACCCUCCAAACGGGUGAAGCGCGUGUCGUGGCGUGAGUUGCGCCGCCCUUUGUACCCACCACUCCUCUCGCCAUUCUCCACCACCUACCGGGCUUGUCUGUACGAAUCGAUAACCGGC